UAGCGACGGUUGGGGCCUCCGUGCCUCUUUAAAAUGAAAGUGGCCGGGGUUGGGAACAGCCGAGCACCAAAGUGCGCGCGAGAGCUGAGGCUGGGCUUGCGUGGAGCGAGAAGCCGGUCGGGAGCCGCUGCUUGCAGCAGUGAGAGCCGCCGAGCGCUGGGGCUUCGAGGGGGACGGAAGCGUCGCUAGACCGGCGGCGGUGGCGAGCUUUGCCCCUGAAGAGAAGAUGAACUUAGCGGCUCCGUUCCCUCGAAGCAAAGGGGAAAUUGAAAGAGGGGGCAUUUCUUUUGCUUCCUGAGAGGGGAGUAGUUUUCCUGAAGAGGAAGCCAUCGAGCUAUUCUUAAGAAAGUUUCUUCUCCAGUGCCAGACUUUUAUAUUUUUAAAAAAGUAAAAGAGUCCCGGCAAGAGAGCUCCCGAGCGAUCGUCGCCCACCUGCCUGUUUGUUACAAUGUACAAUACAGUGUGGGAUAUGGAUCGCGAUGAUACGGACUGGAGAGAAGUGAUGAUGCCCUAUUCCACGGAGCUGAUAUUUUACAUCGAAAUGGACCCUCCAGCUCUUCCUCCAAAGCCCUCCAAACCAAUGACUCCUAUCAAUACAAAUGAAAUAAAAGAGAACUGCAGCUCACCAUUGCAGGAAGCGGAAUGGUACUGGGGAGACAUCUCAAGAGAAGAGGUAAAUGACAAACUCCGAGACAUGCCAGAUGGAACAUUCUUAGUGCGAGAUGCAUCGACAAAGAAACAGGGAGACUAUACACUCACGCUCCGGAAGGGUGGCAACAAUAAAUUAAUAAAAAUCUAUCAUCUGGAUGGGAAAUAUGGCUUUUCUGAUCCAUUGACAUUUAAUUCUGUGGUGGAAUUGAUUAACCACUAUCAUCAUGAAUCUCUUGCCCAGUAUAAUCCUAAACUUGAUGUGAAGCUGAUGUAUCCUGUAUCUAAAUACCAGCAGGAUCAGCUGGUAAAAGAAGAUAAUAUUGAUGCUGUGGGCAAAAAGCUUCAGGAAUACCACACUCAAUAUCAAGAGAAAAGUAAAGAAUAUGAUAGAUUAUAUGAAGAAUAUACCAGAACAUCACAGGAAAUUCAGAUGAAGAGGACAGCAAUUGAAGCUUUUAAUGAAACAAUUAAAAUAUUUGAAGAGCAGUGCCACACCCAAGAACGGUAUAGCAAAGAAUACAUUGAACGAUUUCGAAGAGAAGGGAAUGAGAAAGAAAUUGAACGGAUUAUGAUAAAUUAUGAAAAAUUGAAAUUACGCCUGGGUGAGAUUCAUGAUAGUAAGAUGCGACUGGAACAAGAUUUGAAGAAACAAGCACUGGAAAACCGAGAAACAGACAAGAAAAUGAACAGUAUCAAACCUGAUCUUAUCCAGCUACGCAAAAUCAGAGAUCAGUACCUUGUCUGGCUUAAUCAUAAAGGAGUAAGGCAGAAACGAAUUAAUGACUGGCUGGGAAUCAAAAAUGAAAUUGUUGAUGAUACAUAUUUUAUGAAUGAGGAAGAUGAAAAUCUGCCACAUUGUGAUGAAAAGACUUGGUUUGUGGGAGACAUCAAUCGCAUCCAGGCAGAAGAUUUGCUUUGCGGGAAACCUGAUGGAGCAUUUUUAAUUCGAGAAAGUAGCAAGAAAGGCUGCUAUGCUUGUUCUGUGGUAACUGAAGGCGAAGUUAAACACUGUGUGAUCUACAGCACUCCAAGAGGUUAUGGGUUUGCAGAGCCAUAUAACCUAUAUAGCACCCUUAAAGAAUUAGUCCUCCAUUACCAGCAUACCUCUCUCGUCCAACACAACGACUCUCUAAAUGUCCGUCUUGCUUAUCCUGUCUACGCACAGAUGCCCUCCCUUUGUAGAUAAAUUUUAGGAAGAUGAAGUAUAGGUGAAGUGUUGGUUAUCUCGAAUUUCUUUUCUACAAUUUUUAUUAGAACCCAGAGGGCAUUCUUUCUCCUUAGACUGCUUGUUUUGCACAAGAAGUUAUAUGAUGAAUGUGAAUCGGAAACUUAGCAGCAACAGCUUCGGGAUAGGUACCAUAGUGCUACCUGAAGAUCAACUGUGUUCAUAAGGAGACUGCCUCUUGAUUUCCCAAAAAAGAACAAGAAAACUCUAUCAAACUCUGUCUUUAAAAAUCCAUUGAAACAAAAUUGUAGGAACAUUUUUGCCUGGCACCAUCAAUGGAAUUUCUACAUGGAUUUUUCUUUUCUGAGGUAUUGGUAACGUCUUUCAGUCUUAAACUCCAAGAAAAUAGAAAGGUUCACCUAAAGAAGCUUUUCCGUGUUAAUUUUAGCAACUUUGCUGCAAGUUAGAAUAACUUACAAAUGAGGGCUCAUCUUGAUGUAGCAUGGUAUUUGGUGAGGAGACCAAAGGAAUUUUGGAGGAAGUUUCAGGUUCAUUCUUAAAAGAAUAUCCUCAAAGAAAUGUUGCUUUAUAUAUUACCAACCAUAACAAAGUUUCAGUUUCAACAGCAUUACCAAUCUUCAAGUUUAAAAAAGCAAACUUUAUCCAACAAAACUUCCCUCAUUGCUGGACUGAGCACUUAUGGGCAUAAUUGCAUUUACAAUCGCACACUUGCCAAAACUUGAAGAGAAAAUUGUGAAAGCUAAAACUUUCUCAUGUCAUUUUUAUAACUGACCUGAUGUAAUUGCACCACUUUUUCCCCAUUAAUUUUUAACAUUUUUCUUUUCCUAUACCUGUUUCAGAUGUUAUUUUUAAAAGAUACUAAGCUUUGGAAUGUAUACCAGAAUGAAGCAGGCUCUUGGCAUGUUUUUUAAAAGGCUUAAUAAUUUUUGCUGUUUUGAAAACAUAGUUUGAUUUUGUUUUUAUAAAAAAAAAAUCUUGAAAAGUGCAAUGGAUUGCUUCUCAGUGGCUUGCUAAACCAAAAAAAAAAUCCCUAUGAGUGCAGUCUAUAUAUUGUUGAAACUGGCUACAAUAAUUUUACUUGUAAUAUGUUUGAUUUGCACCCUAAAUCAUUAAUUCCAUUGCACAGAUUGUAUACGUAUUCUUAUGAUUCAUUGUUGUUUUACCAUCAAGCAAAUAUUUGGGUAACUGAAUUUUGUCAGACAGCUCAAGCUAUAAAAAGUGGUAGAAUUUAUCAGAACAUAAACAGCUGUGCUUGGUUUCUGCUGUCAUCAGAUCCAUCUAGACUCUGUGUAACAUCAGAUAAUAAUAGCAAAUAAUGAGAACUGGAUCCACUAGACUGAGAAUUUGUGUUCCUAAAAAUGCUGUCAUUUUGUCACUCCGCAUAUGAUUUUCUUGAAUUUUCUCUGUAUACUUGAACUAGAACAAUUGCUUACACAAAGGAAGGGGGAAACAAGCAAAUUCAGCAUGAAGUGCAUGCCAGGGGAUUGGGACAUGGACCUCUUCUGCUUUACCUUGCUUUCAUGACAUCUUGAGCCCCUGGACUGUUACAAAUGUUUACAUAUAGCAAAAUGCACUACAGAAAGCAUAUGUAUUAUGCAGAAAAUGAAAUUGCUGAACAGGAAUUGAAAAAUCUUGAGUUCUAAUUAUCAGCUGGAGGGGCCAAAGUAGACUGCUUAAUAUGUCCCAACAGCACUUCUGAUUUGCACUAAUCUACUGCCAUUUAAGCCAAGAGCUGCAGUAGUGUCUUCAGAAAAACAACAACUGGAUUGACUGUAGUUCUUUGUGAAAAGAACUGUAGCUGUGUAAUCCCUAGGAUUGACCCUUUCCCAUCCUCUUAAAUAAAGCCUGGACACCACACUUUCCUUUUACUCUGCAAAAAGCCUCUACUGCUAAAUGUGUCUUUGGAUUUGUUAGUUU